CUCCUGCCCAGCCGUGAAAGAGUGCCAGGAAGCCCCGCCCCGCAAGGGAGCCUCCUCCUCCUGCCAUGAUAUCUUCCUCGCCUCCUCUGGCGGGCCUGCCUGCCUGCCUGCCACUGCCGCCAUGGGGGACUCCGGCCUGCUCUCCUCGCCUAGGGUGCGGGCCGGCUGGUUCCUCGCCUCCGCCCUGGCCCUUGUCGCAGCUCUGGGGGUGGCCACGGCCUGGCGUCGCCGCCGGCGGGCUCGUGGAGGGCUGGUGCAGGUGGGGACGGUGUCGGGGCUCUUCAUUUACCCAAUCAAGUCCUGCCGUGGAGUCGCCGUGCAGCGGGCUGAGACGACCCAGCUGGGGCUGCGCUGCGGCGAGAUGCGCGACAGGUGUUGGCUUGUAAUAAAGGAAGAUGGACAUAAAGUGACUGCUCGGGAAGAGCCGCAGCUGGUAUUAAUUUCUCAAACUUGUGAAAGUGGAUAUUUAACUUUGAGUGCUCCAGAAAUGAAGGAUCUUCAUAUUCCCGUAGACUUACCCCCCAAAAAUCCAAUACAGAUUUGCAGGGUGUUUGGCUUUGACAUCCAAGGCAGAGACUGUGGUGAAGAGGCAGCGCAAUGGAUCACAGCCUUUCUGAAUUCGCAUCCAUAUCGCCUUGUUCAUUUUGAAUCAAACAUGGUUCCAAGGAAUGCAAAAGAUAUCAUGGAGCCUUUUCGGGCUAGUGAUAAGAUUGCCUAUCCUGACUGUAGUCCAGUUAUGGUUCUCUCAGAAGCAUCUGUGGAGGAGCUAAAUUCCCGACUGGGAAAGAAAGUUCAAAUGCGUAACUUCAGGCCAAAUAUUGUGGUGACUGGUUGUGGUCCUCAUGAAGAGGAUACCUGGAAUGAGAUUGUGAUUGGAAGUACAGAAAUGAAAGGUGUAAUGGCCUGCCCACGGUGUAUUUUUACAACUCUGGAUCCAGAUACUGGGAUCAUGGACAGGAAAGAACCUCUUGACACUCUGAAAAGCUACCGCUUGUGUGAUCCUUCUGAACAGCAUAUAUACAAAUCACACCCACUCUUUGGGUGGUACUUUGGAAUUGCUAAAUUGGGAACACUUCAAGUUGGAGACCCAGUGUACAAGAUAAUCGGGUGAUACAGCUGCAAUCCAAAUGGAAAUUAAUUUGUGCCUUCAAGUGCCUUUUUGUGAAAAAAAUUAGCUCUCUUUUUUGUAAUGUAUAUUUUCUAUAUUGCAUAAAAAAUCAAAUACUUUUAUGAAAUAUUGUUGUAUAACUUUCUAAAAGGGGUUGGGGUUUGAAGAGGGAGGAUAAGCAAGGCUUUUUGUAUGUUGUACAUUCCUAGUUAGAUUUGAUCUUCAGCUUUUGAAUCAUUGUGAAUGAUCCAACCCCUUUGAAGAAAGGAGUCACAUCACUGGUGAAUUGUUUUUCAUCUUCAGUUUUGCAUAGCCUUGCUCAAAACAGACUACUUGAAAAUACAUUUCACUGAAAUCUAGCACAACUCAUUUGUCAGUUUUCAUCUGCUUUAAGUCAAUAUACUUCAUUCUGACACCACAUCUGUUGGUGUUUGCCACUGUGGUGUCUCUGCACCAGAACCUAUAGUGUGUUGUUCAGAACGAAAAGCUAGUGGGUUUGCAUGUAAGGGAUCUCACCUUGUAGAGCUACGAGCAAUGGUUUUACACCAGCAGUACUUUUGGGCAUCCAUUAUGAGCUAUCCAUACAAUUGAAUCAUGAGUGGAAGAAUGGUGAAGAGAGAAACUGAUGCAUUGCUUCUGCUAAUGUAACAGAACCAUUAAAUGAUGCCUGCCACAGUCGGCAUGAGGAUGAAACUGUUUUGCAACUUAAUUCUUUGAACUUUCUACCAGAUCUAUCAGAAGAGAGGGGGAAACCUUUGUUGAUUUGGAAUAUCGAAUGUUCACAGAGUAGUAUCCUAGUCAUGGAUAAUCAUACAUAUGAAGGAUAUUUGGUAUUCCUAUCCAUUUUUUGCAAUGGAACUAUGGUGAGGAUAACCCUUUUUAUUUCUAUGGGAAAAAAACAAUUCAGUCAAAUAAAGAACCUUUGUAUGAUUUUUAUGCAACUGAAUUGCAAGGUUUGUGCCUGGAAUUCAGCUUACCUCAUUCUUUGUAUUUGUUUUCUGAUGUCCUGAUGAAAGCUCUUGAAGAGAUUUAUGUAACUCUGCUGUAAACUUUUACCUGGAACUUUAUCAUUGUAGCUUUUGUUUGUUAUGGAAGAAUGUGUCCUGAGAGCCGGUCAGUAAAAGAGUUAAUCACACAAUAAAAGCUUUACUGAGUAUAAUAA